CGAGAGACACAUAGUGAUACAAGAGCUGGGAGGCGGCUGGGGCGCGGACCUUGCAAAGCCAGCCAGCCAGCCCGCCUCUGUCCCCGCGGCCCGCCGAGGCUCCGAGCCACCCAGCGAUCCAGCCAGCGGCCUCAGGAGAGCUCGCCCCUAGACAGGGGACCCACUGUACCGGCCCCACGGUCUCAGAAAAGAAGGCGGAGACACUUCGGUACCCCCAGGUCAGGCCCUGCCAUGGGGAAGACCAACAGCAAGCUGGCCCCAGAGGUGCUGGAGGACCUGGUUCAGAACACCGAGUUCAGCGAGCAGGAGCUGAAGCAGUGGUACAAGGGCUUCCUGAAGGACUGCCCCAGUGGCAUCCUGAACCUGGAGGAGUUCCAGCAGCUCUACAUCAAGUUCUUUCCCUACGGCGAUGCCUCCAAAUUCGCGCAACACGCUUUCCGCACCUUUGACAAGAACGGCGAUGGCACCAUCGACUUCCGGGAGUUCAUCUGCGCCCUGUCGGUCACCUCCCGCGGCAGCUUCGAGCAGAAACUCAACUGGGCCUUUGAGAUGUACGACCUGGACGGCGACGGGCGCAUCACGCGCCUCGAGAUGUUGGAGAUCAUCGAGGCUAUCUACAAGAUGGUGGGCACUGUGAUCAUGAUGCGCAUGAACCAAGAUGGGCUCACACCCCAGCAGCGUGUGGACAAGAUCUUCAAGAAGAUGGACCAAGAUAAGGAUGACCAGAUCACGCUGGAGGAGUUCAAGGAGGCGGCCAAAAGCGACCCAUCCAUUGUGCUGCUGCUGCAGUGUGACAUGCAGAAGUAGAGGCUGGUGAGGGGCAGGGCCCCUGGCCAGGAGGGGUGUGGUCACUUCCCACCCCAUGACCUCCCAGGGGGAGGGAUACUCCAGUCUUACCCUCUGGCUCACCCAUCCCUCUGCCCAAGUUCUUGCUCUCCUCAGUCAAGACCCUUGAGGGACCACCUAACCCUGGAAAAGACAGAUCCUUAGGUAUCCUGUCAUCUUGCCUCAUCCCCAGUCUCAGCCCAGGAUUCAACAUCCACUGGGUAUAGGAGAGUUGAUUUUUGCCCCAAGAGGCAGAGUUAAGAAGGGGUUCUGCUUUGAAAUUCUGUUGUCCUGGGAUGCUGCUUUCUAGGAUAUGGUCCCACAGGCCCAAGUUCAAGGGCCAAAUUGGGUCUGUCCUUUUGUUGAGGAUCCAGGUCUCUGCCCUGCCCCCUUGAUUCUACCUGGUCUCUCUGGCCCCAGUCUUUGGAGUGUUCAUUCAGUCCUUUCUUCAGCUACUGUUUAUUGAGCACCUGUCCAAUGCCAGGCACCUCUAGGUGCUAGGGAUAUGGUAGUUUACAGGACACAUUUGUGUGCUCUGGAAGCUCGCAGGGUAGCGAGGCAGACUUCCGUAUCAAGGUCUUAGAAGGGCUGUUGGGCACAGCUCAGCAGAGGGUGAAGUCAGGGUGGUUAAUAACUGUUCAGUGUUUCAAGUCAGCUCCCCACAGAGCUGAAGAAGUGCGAAAUAAAAAGUAUUUAGACAUCUAGGGACCUUGCAAAUAGAAGUCUUAAGAAGAGUUGAAAUUAUGUCAUAGUUAUUUUUUUAGUACCCUUUAAAAGAGCUAAAGUCAUUUUCUUAGUUUCAAAUAUGAAAACAUAGUUUAUAUUUCUUGGCUUCUUGUCAGAUGAUUACAUGAAUAUAGAAAAUGCUAACUUGCAGGGAGUGGAAGGAGCUGAGAAAUAGAGGGACAAUAUCAUCAAACUUGCCAGAUGACACUUUUUCUUAGCAGGCUAAGUCCUAAGCUGUUACCAUCAGCAGUUUCUGCUGCUUCUGCUGCUUCCUUUCUAAUGAUUUUUUUUUUUCCCAACUCAGCGAGCAACUCUCUAUUGUACACUUAUUCUGGUUGGGUACGGACCUCAGAGACAAAAAAAAAACAGGGUCUGCCAAGAGUGAGACGAAUGUAUUUCCCACAUCAUGGUAGCUCAGCUCUGGGUUUGACUGAGUCUCAAGGAUGGACUUGUUCAUUCACUGCUCCAGAAGCAGAAGGAGCUAGAAGAAGAGGACCACCUGGCCACUGUUUAGGCUGCCAGGCUGUGUUUGUGGACCAAAUGUCUAAAACUGUAUUAGGCAGGUUCCAUUUGAAAGAUCUUUUUGACAUAUAUACCCCCAAUCCUAAAUCUGCCAAGUAAUUCAAUCUGUCUUCUUCCAGCUGCACUGGCUUUACUUCCCCAUGUCUACUUUCAAAUUUUGGAUCCAUGAGCUAUAUACAGUUGCAUGCUUUGACUGCCAGAAAAAUCCAUCUUGUUUCUUUAUCAAAUUUUUUUCAGUCUCCUUUCUUCUCUACCUGUGAUCAGAAAUUAGCUUUGCUGUACAGUGACAGUUGGUUUCCUCUUGAACUGCUGGUGAAAAUAAUCUAGUCCACAGGUGCUGUCCUUCCAGGGUGGGAGCAGGGAAUGGUUGCUGAGUCCGGGGGUACAGGAUCAUAUCUGCAGGGAAGAGAUGCAGCAUGCCUCUUACUUCUGAGUGUUUACCUGUCCUCCCUCUCUAAAAGUAGAAACUCUUCAGAAUGCUGGAUUUUUACCCCAAACUCUGUUAGGCCUUCCUUCUUGCUGCCCUGAGAGGUAGCAAGGCUACUAGGCUGCCGCCCUCUUUCUGUCUUUCUGGCUUUGACCAGCCACAUGAAAAGCCUGCGAGAUUCACAUUGUCAGGCUGUAGCCAGCAGGGUUUUAUCCAAUUAAACCUCAAGGGGUGCUCCCUUGCUCUCAGGAGCUGGCCACUACAUGUGUCUUGUGCUGUCAGUCAACAUCACAGACACACAGAUACUCAGUAGCCUGGGUCAACUGAGACCUGAGUUUUCUGGGGGAAGGUUUUUUACACAGUGGGGCUCCUUUCCCCUAAAUACUGAAUCUAACCUAAUAUACAACACACAGAACUUCAUGACUUUCAAAGGCAUAUCAUCUACCCUGUCCCAUUCUCUUCUCAUAAGCUAUGGAAAGAGAGCUUCUUAUCCCUUUCUCCAGACCUGGGAACUGAGUCAUUGAGAGGGUGAGUCUCUUGUGCCAGAACAGUCUCAGGAGGUGGCACAGUGCUGAGGCUUAAACCCAGAGUUUGAAGCAGGAUUAUUUCCCUCAGUCUCUUCCCUGCUCAUUUCUCUGAUGCAGAAUUGUGCAUAGGUUGACUGUGGGGCAAACUAAGUUGGUUUUAGCCUUUUACGAGCUUCCUACUAAGAAGUUUCUAAGGCUGUGGUCUUAAAAAAAAAAAUAGGAGCUUGGUUGAAGUCCUCACAGUUUGAGCAUCCUGUCUUCUGCUCCUGGAUAUUUCUGCUAAUCAAUCAGUACUGUCUUGGCACACCUCAGACUCAGAAACCCAGAAGCAACUUGCACUGUCUUAGUCACCACUCUCCUUCCUAAGAAAACAUUUUGUUUUCUCCUUGAUGGUAGGUAUGUUCUAUCCAUGAGGGCAUCUUUGGUAACUUCAGGUUUCUGGAGACAUACCCGUGGGUGAUAUUUGCUGGUCAGGUCAAGGAUUCUCAGCCAGCCCAGCAGUGUAAACACAAACUACCUAGAAAGGAACUGGGAUCACUAUCUCAAGGCUAGGAGAAACCACAGACAGGCAGGGCUUUGCUCCCGCAUGCUCCUGGGUGUCCCAGGCCUGUGUAUUCCGGAGCCUCUGUGGUAGAGCGCCAGAACUGCCUUGGGAAGAGAGGCAGGCUUCACGUUCCUGCCCCAGCUAAGCAGGGCUUCCCACAGAACACGAGGCUAGCAGUGCAGAGACUCUAACACAAGGCAGUGAAAACACUGAUACAUCUGAGCCUCCCUGUGAAGUUCUCUAUCUUCCUGCAGUAACUCUGUAAAUUCCAAGAUCCCAGAAUCUUGCCUUCUUACUGACUCUUUUGUGAUAAUUGAUGAGUCCUUUAUUUCUUAUCUGCAAAAAUCUUCAGCAAGGGCUACUUCAUAUGGCCAUUUCAGUCCCCCCCCAAUAUAGUCAGAAUUAUAUAAUGAACCUUUUAAUCAAAAAAUUAAGAAAAAGGACACUAGAGGCAAAGGCUUUUUUUUUUCCUGACACUGAUAAAGUCCCUAAGGUAGAAAUUCAUCCUACUACAGAUAGAAGGAAAGCAGAAGAGGGAGAAGAUACUUGGGUUUAUAGGCAGGAGAGUAAAUGACACUGUAAAUACUUUUACACAAACCCACAGAAAUGUAUUAAAACAAGUAUUUCCUGAAGAUCGACCCUUAGUGAGGCUUUGUGCUUACUGACUCUGUGCAGAUCACUGUGGAGGCAAGAAUACAUUUCUUAGGUAUUGUGUUCACCUUUUUUUUAAAAAAAAUAAUGAUUCAAAUCCUAUAAUUGAGGGGACUCAGGAAAAAAAAAAAGAUGAGGUAUUUUUUUUUUUGAAUCCUGAAAUUUUCAGGAUUUUCUUCUCCCUUUGCCAAUAUGUAGGGGCAGGUCUGGGCCUCUCAAGAUGAGUGGCUUUUCCUGCCAAGUGGAGGUUGGGGGAGUGUGAAGUCCCAGGAAGUGGGGACAGGUUAGAGGGGCAGAAGAGAUUCUCCCAACUCAUUCUCUAGCACCGACCCCUGUCCCUCCAGAUGUGCUGUUCCUGGCUGUGCCCAGAGUGACUGUCCUCACUGUUCAACCCUGUGCUGUGCAGUGUGUUUUUCUUCACUGACGGUGAAUAAAAAAAGUGUGACUGCCUA